AUGGGCGCGAAGACCUGCAAGACGGACUGCGGCUGCGACCAGGGCGACGCGGGCGACGACGUCCGCGUGCUGGCGCAGCCGGACGCCAAGGAGGUCGUCGACAUGACCUCCAUGCUUCCGCGCCGUCCGGCGAGGGCGCCGCCGGAGGCCGCCCCCGCCGGCGCCCGCUCCUCCAGCAGGCGGGAGCCCUUCGAGGUCACGAUCGUGAGGCAGGGGCAGCAGUGGCGGACGCUGGGGCUGGUCGUCAGCCCCGACGACGACCCGAAGUAUUUGGUCAUAGACGAUAUCUGGGAGCCCAGCCUCGUCGGCGAAUAUAACAAGCUCCAAAAGAGCAAGAAGUUCUUGAUCAGACCCCGGGACCUCAUCACCUCGGUCAACGGCAGCAUCUGCGACGGCGAGGGGAUGCUCAACCUCAUCCAGAGCACCACCAGGGGGGCGUGCCUCAAGCUGCGGGUCAGACCAGCCAACGGCGAGGGCUGA